AUGGGUAUCAAGGAGAUCAUUGGCCUUGGCGCCGACGAGAAGACCCAGAGGCUUCGUGAUGAAGCUCCCAAGUUUGAGCAUGUUACUUGGUACAAGGAGCCUGGUCUGAGGAAGCUGUGCUUCUACGCAUGCGUUCUCUGCGCUUCUUCUAUGGGAACUGGUUGGGAUGGUAUGUACAUGAACAAUGUUCAGAACUUCGACAGCUGGAAGAACUUCUUCGACGACCCUAAGGGUAGCAGACUCGGUCUCCUCAUUGCUCUCUACCAAAUUGGAUCCGUCGCUUCUAUCCCUCUCGUUCCCCUCAUCACCGAUCGCUGGGGUCGUCGCCCCUCUAUCGGUCUCGGUUUCAUCAUCAUGGCUAUUGGCGCUGGUCUUCAGGCUGGUGCUUCCAACUACGCUGUCUUCUCUGGUGGUCGUGUUCUCCUUGGUUUCGGAAACUCUUUCGCUCAGAUCGCUUCGCCUAUGCUUCUCGCCGAGCUUUGCCACCCUCAGCACCGUGCCCGUUUCACCACAGUCUACAACUGUCUGUGGAACUUGGGUUCCUUCCUCGUUUCUUGGACCUGUUUCGGUACCUCUUUCUGGGGCAACAACUGGUCAUGGCGAUUCCCUGCUAUCCUCCAGGGUGCUCCUGGUCUUCUUCAGCUCAUCGUCCUCUUCUGGAUUCCCGAGUCUCCUCGAUUCCUCAUCGCCAAGGACCGUCAUGACGAAGCCUUGGCUAUCCUCGGCAAGUACCACGCCAACGGCGAUACCAACCACCCCACCGUUCAGUUCGAGUACCGCGAGAUCCGUGAAACCAUCAAGGCUGAGCAGCUCGCCGCCAACACCUCCACUUACGCGGACUUCUUCAAGACCAAGGGUAACCGAUACCGCCUCGUCGUUCUCUUCUCUCUUGGUCUCUUCUCCCAAUGGUCCGGAAACGGUGUUGUCUCCAACUACUCUGCUGUCCUCUACCAAAACGCUGGUCUCGAGAGUGAGCAGGACCGUCUUAUUAUCACCGCUGGAAAGACCAUUCUCGAUAUGAUUGUCUCGAUUGGAUGCGCCAUGUUUGUUGACCGCCUCAACCGUCGCUUCUCCUUCCUCUUCGCCACCGGUGGUAUGUUCGUUGUCCUCGUCUUCUGGACUCUCACCUGCGGUCUUUACGAGCAGCACCAAGCCCCUGGAGCCAACAACGCCAUGAUCUUCCUCGUCUGGCUCCACGGUGUCUUUUACUCUACUUGCUGGUCUGGUCUCCUGAUUGGUUACGCUGUUGAGAUUCUCCCCUACUCUCUCCGUGCCAAGGGUCUUAUGCUCCUCAACAUCUCUGUGCAAAUCGCUCUCCUGCUGAACAACUACCUCAACCCUCUGGCCUUUGACGCCUGGGGAUCCGAUUCGCUCACUGGUGGUAACACCUGGAGACUUUACCUCAUCUACAGCAUCUGGGUUUUCGGUGAGGUCUGCUUCAUCUACUUCAUGUACGUCGAGACCCGUGGCCCUACUCUCGAGGAGGUCGCCAAGGUUAUUGACGGCGACAACGCCGCUGUCGGCCACGUCUCCAUGGACAAGGUUGAGAAGGAGGCUCUUCACGAGGAGAACGACCACGUUUCCUCUGAGGGACAACAGAUCCAUGAGGUCGCCCCUACCAAGGUCUAA